CACACCACCCGGAGCAGCAGGUUUUGUGUGGAGUCUUUUUCCCAUGAUGAGGGUAUUGUGUGCGGCGGCUCUCAGACGAGCGAGGGACCCCUGGGGGACGAUUGAACAGCUCCUGCUCAAACAUAUGCAAAAUGAAGAUCGGCUUCCUCUGUCGCCGUAUUCAGACGCUCAGAAUAUAAGCUCAUUACGCCGGUUCUGCAACAUAAUCGUGCUAUUCAGACUCCCGGAGUGACGGAAACAAGCGAUCUUUAUAUGCUGAUUCAUGAUAGAGCAUUAGUAAGGUGAUGUGACUGGAAACCUUCUCUGUGCCAUCAUACGUCAGGAAGCUGGAGAUGAGGAUUGUGGGAUUGUGGAGGACAGGACUCUUCAGUCUCCUGGUGCUCUCUCUGCUCCACUGUAAUGCUGGAAACCAAAACACACCACGACUGCAGCUCACACAUACAGAAUUGAGAUCGAGAAACGGCUCUGCAGUGUUCUGGGAUGGUGGGGAAGGGGGAGCGUAUCAGGCCCUGCUGCUGGAUGAGGAUCGCGGAUGGCUGCUGGUCGGGGGCCGAGACCACAUCUACAUGCUAAACUCUGACAGCCUCACACAGCCGUCACGCAAGAUUCACUGGCCAGCUGGACAGGAACACAUUGAACGGUGCAAAUAUGCAGGAAAGAAUCUAUCGAUGGACUGUGCCAAUUAUGUGAGACUCCUGCAGCCCUUCAACAAAACGCAUGUCUAUGUAUGUGGAACGGGUGCGUUUCACCCACAGUGCACCUACAUUGACCUGGGACAUAAUCUGGAGAAACCAACCUUCCAGCUUCUCAGUCAUGUUGGUGAAUCCGGUAGGGGAAAAUGUCCCUUUAGUCCACAGGAACCCUUUACCGCCCAUCUGACAGAUGGAGAGCUGUACGCUGGGACGGCCGUAGACUUCAUGGGAACAAACGCUGCCAUUUUUCGCACAUCUGUGCAUAGCAACAAUCAACACUACAUCCGCACUGAAGCGUACCAGGACCACUGGCUAAAUGAGCCGGAGUUUGUGGGAUCAUAUUCCAUCCCUGACACACACAGCUUAGACGAUGACAAAGUAUACUUCUUCUUUAAAGAGACCGCCGUAGAGUCGAACCAGCUCGACAAGCGUAUCUACAGCCGAGUGGCUCGUGUCUGCAAGAAUGACAUCGGUGGAAAACGAAGCUUGAUUAACCGCUGGAGCACCUUCUUGAAGGCCAGACUUGUAUGCACAGUUCCAGGACCUGGGGGCAUGGACACACACUUUGACGAGCUGGAGGACAUAUUUCUCUUGGAGACUAAGGAUCCACAGAAUCCAGUCAUCUACGGAGUCUUCUCUACCUCCAGCUCUGUCUUCAGGGGUUCGGCAGUUUGUGUCUAUUCCAUGGCUUCCAUCCGAGCUGCAUUUAACGGGCCCUUUGCGCAUAAGGAGAGUCCCGAUUAUCGCUGGAUGGAGUACAAGGGGAAAAUCCCUUAUCCAAGGCCCGGAACGUGUCCAAGCGAGACCUACGACGCUUUAUACAAGUCCACUCGAGAUUUCCCAGACGAUGUUGUGAGCUUCAUGAGGGCCCAUCAGCUGAUGUGGGAGCCAGUGGUGCCCAUCCACAGACGUCCCGUCUUCACUCGUAUCAACACCCCCUAUAGGCUGAAGAAGCUUGUGGUUGAUAGGGUAGAUGCGGAGGAUGGCCAAUAUGAUGUUCUGCACCUUGGCACAGAUGAUGGUCGAGUACUUAAGGUGGUCUCCGUACCUAAAGAGAACUGGGAAAUUGAGGAAAUCAUUUUGGAGGAGUUAAACGUCUUCAAGACUCAGACCCCAAUAUUAAGCAUGGAGCUGUCCACCAAGAGGCAAGUGCUGUUCAUAAGCAGUGAUGAGAAUGUCGUCCAGCUUCCCGUUCAGAGAUGUGAACUGUAUGGUAAAGCGUGUGUUGACUGCUGUCUAGCUCGAGAUCCGUACUGCGCUUGGGACGGCUCCUCGUGUACUAACUACUUCCCCAGCAACAAAAGGCGCGCCCGGAGACAGGAUGUGAGGUAUGGAGACCCUUGGAGCCAAUGUCAGGACAUGAGAGACGGCUCAGAGAAUGCUGAACUGAAGACGGUUUACGGCGUGGAGACAAACUCAACUUUCCUGGAAUGUGUCUCAAAUUCACCACAAGCCACUAUCAAGUGGAUAUUUCAGCCAAAUCACAGUCAAAACAGCAAAGAGUUAGUUCCUGGUGAAGAAAACCUUCUCCACAUGCAGCGUGGGCUGCUCCUCCAGCAGAUAACUUCUACUAAUGCUGGCCUGUACCUCUGCAUGGCCUUCGAGCACUCCUUCUCCCGUACGCUAGCUCGCUAUGAGCUUCACGUCAUCCCCCAGAACCAAAUGUCAAGAGCCCAGAACAACCUUCCCGGAAAUCACGCAACCUCAUUGCGGAGCUACAAGGAACUACACUUAAUGGGAGUUGGUGGGCUAACGGCAGACGAGUACUGCGAGCACCUUUGGUAUCGUGAGAAACGGCGACAGCACAAGCAUCGCACGCUAAAGUGGAAACAGGUGUCUGAAAACCGUAAAGCCAGAGUGCGGCGGCAGAAUCCACCCGACGAGCCUCUAGAUGGAGGUGAAACUGCGGACUUUUAAUGACAAAUGUGUGACUUUUAUCUGGACAAAUUAGCACAUUGCAGCGAAAUGGCUACCAGCUACUGCUAGCACAACAACGCAACCGAGGGCCACAGUACAUGAGAACUAUAUUAUUCUUCUAAAACAAAUUAUUAUGUAGCUUGUGCUAGUGUUAGCAUGUAGCUUUAACACAAGUAUAAUCAAAGAGCCUGCCGCUGUGCAACUGAAUUUGCACAUUUUAUGUUCAUUUCACUCUGUUUAUAUUGUUUGUCAACAUUUAUGAAAGACAAGCACCUAAGCUAAAUGCUAGGUAUUGUUCAAAAGCUAAUACUGAAAACAGACAAGCUAACGCGCUGCCGUAAGCUAAUUGUAGCGCAAAGAAACUGAUGUCACUUGCCAUAAUGAAAUCUGAUCUAUGGAAAUAUAUACAAAU